AUGCCCGACAAUACUUUGCCCAUUUCAAGAGGUUCUGCUUCCUCAAACGUUGAGGUACCUUGUAUCGUUGGGUACACCGAUGUCAUCUACGAAGACUUUGUAUAUCCACCUUCCCCUCCUGAGAAUUCGGCCCGGGGCAUGAAAUCUAACGGAAGCUCUCCGUUAACAUUAUUUUCGACGACAAGUUCCAAACGAUCCAGAGAACAGGAAAUCAACUGCUCCGAUGCAGUAGGUGUCUACGACAGCGAUAGUGCGUAUCACGAGCGAAGUAAAUGUAGAAUCAGCGUCCCUGCAUCGUACGAAGAGAAAAUAAUCAAGCUCACCCAGGAAAGAGACCGUCUGUUGCUGAGGUUGGAGGAGCGUCAGAAUCACGGAGACGACACAGAAAAGGAUGGUCUCAAUAAAAGCACACUACGAAAUGACAUUGGAAGCCAAGAUUCCUCUUUCGAUUUGAACUCCUUGAAGGCAUAUUAUGAGGGGCGCCUUGACGCCAUGGCCACGGAUCUCCAACAAGCGCGGCAAGAGCUGUCAGAUGCGUUACGAGCUUCGGUUCAAGUUCUUCUCGACCACUCAUCCGAAAUGGCAUCGCGAUCACAGGCGCAACGUGUCGAGGUAGAGAAAUUACAAGAUAUAAUCAGAGACAAUGAAGCAAAGAUUGAGUCACUAGAGCGCAAACUUGUUGAAGCUACUAAUGAACUUCAGAGAUCACAAGGCAGGUGUGAUAUCUUAAAAGAAGCCGUCAACCAGGCGAGAGAGGACUCCAUACAGGAGGAAAGAAUGGUUGAAGCGCUAAAAGAGGAGCUGAAGAGAACAAACAUGAUUCUCGACAGUGGUUACAAAGGCAAGCAGAAAGAAGGUACUAAACCGAUAUCCAUGCGUGGUCAAACAGCUUCACCCAAUUUAAUCGGGAUUCGGCCGCGAAUCUCAACGUUUGACUUGGAUUCACCUCGACCUCAACCUCGUUUCUCUUUGCCAGCUGUUGAAAGAGCAUAUGGUAAUUCUGCUGCGGUUACACCUAAGCAUGGGAUGAUGACAAGCGAGGAUAUACGAAAGGCAAUACUUGAAGGGCUGCACAUGGUACAAUCUAAUAUCACAAACCACGUACAGCACAUAGUUCAAGGGUCUUCAACAUCUCGACGACGGUCGUCGACUACCCGAUAUGUUGAUCGAGCGAGAAUGGUACGCGAUGUACGAGAGUUUCAACAAAAACUACUCGGAAUUUUACGGGAUGAAGACAUCACGGAGGCCGUUAGAGAGCAUGCGCAUUUUGUUACCAAAGAAGAAAGCGAGUCUUUGGCAAGGAACGCGGACAAUAUCUCGAUCGACCCCUUGAGGCCAUUCUGGGACAAUAUAUCAUGCGAGUAUAACUGUCUGCUCGCGGAUCGUUUCACAGACAUCUUUACCUCUUCCAACACCAUGUACGAAGAUUAUCGCGAGGAAGUUAGUGCUCACUUUACCCAGCGUCUUAAUAAUCUCAGAAGAAUGCUGUUAAAGUCGCAUGUAUUACAAGUCGACACCAAUAUAUAG